AAGCGUUCUUUCGUUUCCGGCAUCGACGAGUGCUAGCGGACACAUUUCGGUUAAUUAAAAGAAUUGCUCUUUUAAUUAAACAAUCUCCAACAUGGUUAAGGCCAAGCGUGAGAAGAAGCCCAAGUCGGCUAUCAACGAGGUGGUGACACGGGAGUGCACCAUCAACCUGAACCGACGCCUGCAUAAGGUUGGUUACAAAAAGCGCUCGCCGCGAGCGAUCAAGAUCGUACGCAAGUUUGCCGAGAAGGAGAUGGGAACUUCGGACGUGCGCAUCGAUACCCGCCUGAACAAGGCUAUCUGGCACCGCGGAAUCAGGAAUCCACCUUUCCGCGUACGCGUGCGUCUUUCCCGCCGCCGUAACGACGAUGAGGACUCGCCCAACAAGCUAUACACGCUGGUCACUUACGUGCCAGUGCCCACGUUCAAGGAACUGCAGACCGAAAACGUCGAAUCGACGGAAGAUUAA